AUGUAUGCAGGCAAGAUGGACGACGAUGGAUUAAUCAUAACGAUUGGUUUAUCGUAUCUGAUUGUCAAUCUUCUACUUCACAUCAUGUUUUUCACAACCAUCUUCGUCAACUCGAAACGAAACUUACUCACUCGUUGGUUUAAGCAAACGGAUGAAAAACCAGUGACUUUAGAUGAGACACAUUCAUCGUGCUCUUCGUUAACAUCCGAAGAUAGUCUGGAAACGAAGUUGACUCUAAAUCAUACGAUUCGCUCGUUCAGUGUGCUUUUAUGUACAUGUUCAUUUCUAACAAAUUGGCUAUGUUUAAUACUGAUUUAUUUCCUUCCAAAGUUUUAUCCAAGUGCGUCAGCAAAAUACUGCACGAUACAAAGUUUUUUCCUCCAUGUUUUUACAUUAUUUCAUUUACAUUUGACAAUCGGCUUACGACUAUUCUGGCAUUUCUGUUUUAUAUUUGAAAAAUCUUGGCAGACACUCACCUAUCGACGAAUUUCAUAUCUACUUAUAUUUGUUUUCAUAUGUUUAUGUUUAUUUACUCUCCCAAGCAUGAGCAACGAAUGGGCAUCGGUUGUUUUCGAUAAAGUUUUGCAAAUUUGUCUUGUCAAUUACGCAUUCAAUUAUUCCUACACAUUUUUUGUGCUCACAUUGACUUGUUUAAUUCCAUUUAUUCUCCUGCUCAUAUCGCACCGUCGUCAUAUGAAAGAAAUUCAUUGUCGUUUGGCGAAAGCCUUAUUAACCAUCGAUGAUCCCAAUCUUACACGUGAAAAACUACGUUUUCAAUGCACAUCAUAUGUCCUACUUAUUUGGUCGUUCUUUCUUAUUGUAUUGACCAUAUGCUUUCAUAUACCAAGCACACAGGUACAAAUUCGAACGACUGUUUUGUAUACACAGUUGAUAACAUUUCUCAUCGAUCCGAUUAUCUAUAUUUUUAUUUUUCGUUCAUUAUCUAUAAUUACUUUGUUACGGCCCAACAGUGGAGCUUAUUUUGUAUAA